AGGUUUUACAGGUCUCGAGUUCUGUUGCCGCCGAAACAUAUUGUCAUCGUCACCGGAGCUUUUCAUCAAAAUCUAUCUGACAACCGCUGCAACAAAACUCAUAUUUCUUAGUCUCUUAAAAGUAUGAGGGUUAAGGUUAUGUCUCGUUCUGCAGAUGAAUUCACACGCGAGCGGAGUAAUGAUCUUCAGAGGGUUUCUCGAAACUAUGACCCAAAUCUUCGUACUCAAGAAAAGGCUGUGGAGUAUGUUAGAGCCCUUAAUGCCUCUAAAUUAGAUAAGGUAUUUGCAAGACCAUUUAUUGGAGCCAUGGAUGGGCAUAUAGACGCCAUAUCGUGUAUGGCGAAAAACCCUAGUCACUUGAAAGGUUUAUUUUCUGGUUCUAUGGAUGGAGAUAUUCGUCUAUGGGAUAUUGCUUCAAGAAAAACAGUAUGUCAAUAUCCUGGUCACCAAGGUGCUGUACGUGGUUUGACAGUAUCUACAGAUGGACGCAUACUUGUGUCAUGUGGAAGUGAUUGCACUGUUAGACUAUGGAGGGUUCCUCUUGCAAGUGGAAUCGAGUCAAAUAACUCAUCUGAUAGCUCAGAUAAGUUAUUGGCAUCCUAUGUUUGGAAAAAUGCUUUCUGGGCUGUGGACCAUCAGUGGGAAGGUGACCUUUUUGCCACGGCUGGUGCUCAAGUUGAUAUAUGGGACCACAAUAGGUCGGUGCCAGUUAACAGUUUCGAAUGGGGAAAUGACACGGUAAUUUCUGUUCGUUUUAAUCCUGGUGAGCCAAAUAUCUUGGCGACAUCUGGCAGUGAUCGGAGCAUAACACUUUAUGACCUACGAACUUCAUCGCCAGCAAGAAAACUUAUCAUGCGGACAAAAACAAAUUCCAUAGCUUGGAAUCCAAUGGAGCCCAUGAACUUCACUGCGGCAAAUGAAAAUUGCAACUGUUACAGUUUUGAUGCAAGAAAACUGGAAGAAGCCAAAUGUGUGCACAAAGAUCACGUGUCUGCAGUUUUGGAUAUUGAUUACUCACCAACAGGUCGUGAAUUUGUAACUGGAUCUUAUGAUAGAACAGUAAGGAUUUUUCAAUACAAUGGUGGACAUAGCAGGGAAAUAUAUCACACUAAAAGAAUGCAAAGGGUGUUUUGUGUUAAGUUCAGUUGUGAUGCAAGUUAUGUUAUCUCGGGUAGUGAUGACACCAAUCUUCGACUUUGGAAGGCUAAGGCAUCCGAACAACUUGGUGUUAUUCUACCACGAGAACGCAAGAAGCACGAAUAUAUGGAGGCUGUGAAGAAUCGUUACAAGCACCUUCCUGAGGUCAAACGUAUAUUGAGGCAUAGGCACUUGCCAAAACCAAUAUACAAGGCGGGUUUGCUUAGACGUACUAUGGCUGAUGCGGAGAAGAGGAAGGAAGACAGGAGGAGAGCUCACAGUGCCCCAGGAAGUUUGAUGCCAAGGAAGUCCGUACGUAAAAACAGAAUUAUUCAAGAAAUUGAAUGAAUUUUGUUUUGAGAUGAUGAUGUAUUUUGAAGACAACUUCCUUUUAAAUGGUAAUACAAUCAACGUACUUUUAAAUGUGCCUUGUUAUUCUUUC